AUGGAAAGAGUGUACUUCAGUGACAAGCCAGAAACCUCCAACAAGAAAAAGGUUGUUUUGGGAGCUUUAGCUCUUGUAGCUAUUGUAGGAGUCGUCGCAACUGUAGCUCUUUAUUCAAGCAACUCAACAAACUAUGCCCUCAGACAAUAUGAAAUUGACGAACAAGAGUUUUUCGGAUUCAUUGCUAAAUACAACAAGGUCUAUGACAGCAUUGAUGAGUUCAACGCCCGCUUCAAAAUUUUCAGAGACAACAUUGCCUUCGCCAGAGUCCACAACACCCUUGGAAAAACCUACUGGCUCGGGAUAACUCAGUUCUCUGACCUCACCCACGAUGAAUUCAAGUCUCGUUACACCCCUAACGCAUAUGUCCCUAAUGAAGACGGUCCAGUUGCUGACUAUAACCCAGAUAUGGCUGCUCCAUCAAGCGUUGAUUGGAGAACCAAAGGUGCAGUUACCGCAGUCAAAAAUCAAGGACAAUGCGGCUCAUGCUGGUCUUUCUCAACCACAGGCGCUGUUGAAGGAACUUGGUUCUUAGCUGGCCACACCCUUGUGUCCCUCUCUGAACAAGAAUUAAUGGACUGUUCAACCUCUUAUGGCAACAAAGGAUGUGACGGUGGUUUGAUGACUAGCGCUUUUAAAUUUGUUGUGCAAAAAGGACUUACCACUGAAAGCAACUACCCUUACAAGGCUGAAAAUGGAGAAUGCAAUACUACCCUUGAAAAGAAUGUCGCAGCCAAAAUUUCAAGCUAUGCAAUUGUAGCUGCUAAGAAUUCAAAUGCCCUUAUGGCAGCAGUUGCUACUAAGCCAGUUUCUGUAGCUGUAGAAGCCGAUCAAGCUGCAUGGCAAAGCUAUGUUGGAGGAAUUGUAUCAAGCAAUUGCGGAACCGCCCUUGACCAUGGUGUACUUAUUGUUGGCUACGAUAACACUAACUCUCCACCAUACUGGAUUGUGAAGAACUCUUGGGGCCCAUCCUGGGGAGAGCAAGGAUACAUCAGAAUUGCCAUUAGUAAAGGAGAUGGAGUUUGCGGUAUCAAUAUGAAUCCAUCAUAUCCUAUUGCUUAA